AUGAUGCUUGACGAUCUUCCUCCAGAGAUACUUCGUAUGGUUUCACAGCAUCUCAAUAAUAAUGAGAUCUACCAUCUGAUAUGCUCAUCACGUCGACUCUACACCGUCCUACAGCAAAACCUCUAUGCUGAGGUGUUUCUUUUCAGACGGAAUCAUUCAUCUCAACAAGUCGUGACCUUUUUUUAUGCUGUGACCCAAGACCCGAGACUGGCUAGCUAUGUCCGGUGCUUGUGGCUGGAGGAUUGGGAGGGCAGAGGUGGCAUCAUCCAUAUGGACAAAGCCGAGUUGGAUAGUGAAUAUCUACUCAAACUUGUCUCUGAAAGAACCGGAUACUCAGAUGAAGAAAAGUGCAAAUGGCUAAAAGACCUCGAAAAGUGUGAUGAUUGUGAUCCUUGGCUGGCUUUGCUCAUCCCGCAAUUGAAGGAUCUCCGCAAAAUCCUUAUCAACUGGGCGUAUGAUGCGAAAUACGUUUUAGAUAUGUUCCGAAAAGCUGCCAGAGGGCAAGAGCCAGUUUUUCGUCAUCUCGAAGAAGUCUAUGCUACAUGGUGGGAUGAUACUGAGGGCUCAAUUCCGUCCCACCGAAUGACUUCAUUCUUCAGUUUCCCAUCAGUGCGAAAGGUCGGAUGCUGUUGUCUGGGAGAGGACUACGAUAGCGAUGAUGAUGAGUAUGAUUCGGAUAACUACGAGUCGGACGACUCUAUUCACCAGAGGCGAGAAGUUCCCUUGCCGCAGACCUCGAAUAUAACCCAUCUCGACCUGUUCAACUCCAAUGCUGGAAACGGAAUGCGAGACUGGGUUCAGGCAUGCAAAGCAUUGAAGUCAUUCCGGCUAAUUCAUCACGGAACAUUGGGUCGCGGGGAGAACUUUCGACCUCGAAGACUCUACGAAUCACUUUCACUUCACAAGUCGACACUGGAGUCUGUCUGGGCCGAGCCUGAUGAGAGUGUUUACAUAGAAGAGCAAGAUGAUUGGAUGGGGAGCUUCGCUAAUUUUUCUGUUUUGAAGACCAUAUGUCUCCCCUUGCCCAAUCUUGUGGGAUUUGAUGAAAACAAGCGUUCCAUGCGAAAAUUUUCAGAUGUCCUCCCUCACUCACUGGAGACACUAUAUCUUAUCAUCAACAGGGACUCGGAUGGUAAUGAGUUCCCAGUAGAUGCGAUGGAUCAGUUGGUAGAAUUGGCUAAUGCAGAGGGAUUUCCUCACUUGGCGGCAAUACAUAUUGAAGCGUGCGGGAUCCGAGGCACAGAGAGUCUUUCAAAGCUUCAAUGGACGAAACGGAUGUGCGAGGAGGCCGGGAAAUCAUUCUUUAUUCAUACUGGUGAAGGGUUUUUUAGCUACUGUGAUAAACCUACCUCGUGGGUAUUCGGUCCUGUUAAUGAGGCAACACUUCUGAGCUGCUACCAGUAUUAG